UCAGAUGUAGUUGAUCCUCACAGCUGUUGGACGGAUGGUUUCAGUCUCAUUUCUCUCUGUGUCAGUGUUUGUGAGAGGACGUGAACAUGACGGAGUCGCACCUCAACAGUCCCAGUUUGGAGCUCCAGAGCCUGCAGCUGUGUGACAGGGAAGGCACAGAGUCUGCAGACAGCGGUAUCGGGGACGUGGACGACCUGCCGGUUCCUCAGCAGAUCCAAAUCAGCAACAUCACCUGUGACUCGUUCAAGAUCAGCUGGGAGAUGGAGAGCAGAGGCAGAGAGAGGAUCACUCACUACUUUAUCGACCUCAACAAGAAGGACAGCAAGAAGGAGAACCAGUUCAAACACAAGGACGUACCGACGAAGCUGGUGGCUAAGGCGGUUCCUCUGCCCAUGACGGUGAGAGGUCACUGGUUCCUGAGUCCUCGUACUGAGUACAGCAUUGCUGUCCAGACAGCCACCAAGCAGCCAGAUGGAGAAUACGCCGUCUCUCAGUGGAGCGAGAUCAUCGAGUUCUGCACGGCAGAUUACUCCACUGUCCAUCUGAUGCAGCUGCUGCAGAAAGCUGAGGCGACCGCCGGCAGAAUGCUGCCGUUCACCGUCUUCUACAGAAACCAAGAGCAGGAGUACUUCGAGCAGCCCAGUUCAUCUUAUCGCUCCAGAGACGCUCAGUGCUGCCAGAUGUUGCCGGCGGUCAAAGACGACAGCGGCAGCCACGGCUCGCCAAUCAGCGGUAAACUGGAGGGACUCUUCUUCAGCUGCAACACGGAGUUCAACACAGGAAAACCCCCCCAGGACUCCCCAUAUGGACCAUUCCGCUUCCAGAUCCAAGCAGACGUCCUCAUCAACCAGAGCACCAACAUCUACUUUGGGGAUUUCUACUGCAUGUACACGUCGUAUCACUACGUCAUCCUGGUCCUCGCUCCGGACGGCUCCAAAGGAGACGUCUUCUGUAAGGAGAUUCUGCCGGCGCUCGACAGAUCCAACAACCGCUUCCUGAGCUGCACCGAGGAAGAGGACGGCUCGCUGUCGUUCCGUCACGCGCAGGACGUCAUCUUGGAGGUGAUCUACACGGAGCCGGUGGAAUUGGACUCUGGGACGGUGACGAGGAUCAGCGGACACCAGCUCAUGAGUCAGUCCACCGUCAACGCCAAGAAGGACCCCAGCUGCAAGAUCUGCAACAUCAGCGUGGGACGUUAGCCGGAUCUUUGACUGGACGAGUAAUAAACCGGCUAAUAACUGGCGUGGUGACCAGGCGGGGGCUAACGAGCUACUAAUAAAUUCACCACCUGCUUGUUCAGGAGCCAAAGUAGCUAGCUAAGGACUAGCAAUGCCUCAAUGGCUAGCAGAUGAUCCAAUUAAUCUGUAAUCCUAAUCUGUUACGUAUUUAAAGUACCCUCAAUUAAAUUUGGCAUUGUGUCUUCUCCUGGGGCUUCAAGAGUUUGAACGAUGGAAAUUUCUUGGUAUCAGGAAAGAUGAUACAGAGUCGAAGAAGAAUUUUAACAAACCUAACCAGGUCGACGUUGACCAAAAAGUUCAAUAAACACGUAAUAAGGUUCUAUGUUCUAGCAAAAAGUAUCAAAAGUUGUUCCCCAAAAGCCCAUCACAGGUUGAUUUUACGGUUUGAAAAAGUUACACAGAUUGUUUGCAGAAAGUCAAGACUAUGGACGGCAGGGGCGUGUCCACAGGGGAUAGCCAGGGGUGGCAUGGGCCCCACACAAUCUUUAGGUCACCCUUGCACAAAGUCAAUGUUCCAGUUGGGCCACCCCAGUCCAAAAAGUCUGGACACACCCCCUAUGGACAGCA